AUGGUAGGGAACUUUAGAUUUAAUGUAAGGAAUGAUUCUACUAAUAAAGAGCCAAGCAAAACAGAAGUGAAAUCCGCCAUGUCAGUUGAAUUAGCGGAGUAUUUCAGUAAUACCUCUUCUACUGUGAGUCGUUCUCACAAGAAGCAAGGCAAGUCUCGUUCCAUUGAUAUGGAAAAGGACAAAAUCGUUCAAAUCGAUGAGACAUUGACGGAAAAUGAUAGUGAUGAGAACACUGAAGUGAUAGAGUACAGUUCGAUUUGGAGCAAAAUAUACUACGACUACAUUUUAGUGGAUAAGACGCUUUCAAAAUUAUCGAUUAAAGAAUCCUUCUUGUACAACCAUGACUUGAAACCAGUUGAAGAGCAAAGAAGAAGAUGGGCCUGGUACAACUUUUUAUGGUUUUGGGUUGCUGACUGUUUCAACAUCAACACUUUCCAAAUUGCUGCUACGGGAUUACAAUUGGGUCUCAACUGGUGGCAGACAUGGAUCACAGUUUGGAUUGGAUAUGCACUCAUCGGUAUCUUGGUGGCCCUGGCAUCAAGAAUAGGUUCUAUGUAUCACGUUUCAUUCCCAGUCGCUGCUAGAUCAUCUUUUGGGAUCUAUUUUUCCAUUUGGAGUGUGUUAAAUCGUGUGGUCAUGGCUACAGUCUGGUAUGCAGUACAGUCUUGGAUUGCCUUGACACCAGUUUCUUUGAUGUUACAGAGUAUAUUUGGUACGAACUUGCCAACUAGAAUUCAUGACGGUAUGGGUACUCCCAAUGCCACUACUUACGAGUUCAUGUGUUUCUUUAUCUUUUGGGUGGUAUCGUUCCCAGCAUUGCUAGUGCCACCUCAUGCAAUCCGUCAUUUAUUCACAGUGAAAGCCAUUCUUGUUCCCUUUGCUGCAUUUGGUUUCUUAAUAUGGACCCUUAAGAAAUCAAACGGUGAAAUUGCAUUUGGUGCUCUAAGCGAUGUCGAAGUAUCUGAUACGGAAAGGAGAUGGGCUUAUAUCAGAUCAAUCAUGGCUUGUUUAGGAAAUUUUGCCACAUUGGUUGUAAAUGCUCCGGAUUUCACACGUUUCUCAACCACCAAGAGAUCUGCCUUCAUAGUGCAAGUUGUUUCGAUCCCUAUUCUAUUCACAAUUACAUCUUUGAUCGGUAUUCUUGUCACAGCGGCAGGGUUUACCAUGUACAACGUCAACUACUGGUCACCAGUGGAUGUGUUGGGCAGAUUUCUUCAAGAUUCGUACUCACCUGGUACUAGAGCUGGUGUGUUUUUAAUCUCUUUUGUGUUUGCCUUGUCUCAAUUGGGUACUAACAUCUCUGCCAACUCUCUAUCAGCAGGUACUGAUAUGACGGCGCUUUUACCCAAAUUCAUAAACAUUAGGCGUGGUUCUGUCAUCUGUGCAUGUCUUGCACUAUGUAUCUGUCCAUGGAACAUGAUGGCAUCGUCAAGCAAAUUCACCAUGGCACUCAGUGCAUAUGCAAUCUUCCUCUCCUCUAUUGCUGGUGUUGCAAGUGCUGACUACUACGUGGUAAGACGUGGUUACAUUAGGAUAACACACUUGUAUUCCAUCAAACCAGGUUCCUUUUACAUGUAUAACAGAUUCGGUUUUAAUUGGAGAGCCCUUGUGGCGUAUCUGGGAUCUGUGUCCUUCAGUAUUACUGGGUUCGUUGGGGAAGUUGGUGAUAACAUCAAAGUAUCAGAUGCCGCAAUGCAUCUGUACUACAUGAACUACAUUAUUGGUUACGCAGCCGCUUUUAUUAUCUACGUUACGUUAUGCUGGUUUUUCCCAGUAGCAGGUUCACCAGUUAAGAAUAUCCUCAGAGAAAAAGGAUGGUACGAGAGAUGGGUUGAAGUCGAAGACUUCCCAGAACAAUGGAAAGCAAUGAUGCAAAAGAAAGACUUGUACGAUGAGAAAGAGAUCGAAUACUAA